AUGGCGACAUCGAGUCGGAAAUACAAGGUUGUGAAUACUCCGACCAUUUACUUCGGUACCUUCAUUCACAGCCCGCGUGACGAAGCUUCUAAGCUCGAUGUAUGCGAGGAAGGUGCAAUUGGUGUAAACUCCGAUGGUGUAAUUGAUUUCGUCGAAAGGGAUGUCAAAGAUAUCGACAGUAUCGUAGACAAGUAUCCUAGCUUCAAAAAUGCUGAGAUCGUCCAGACACGGCCAGAGGGGACGCAGUUUUUCUUCCCGGGAUUCAUUGAUACUCACAUUCACGCUCCACAAUAUCCAAAUGCCGGUGUUUUUGGAUCUUCUACCCUUCUCGACUGGUUGAACAAAUACACCUUCCCGAGGGAGGCCUCCCUUUCAUCACUCUCCGUCGCUCGAACGAUAUAUUCCCGCUGUGUCGCCCGUACCCUAUCCCAUGGGACUACGACGGCAGCAUACUAUGCCACGAUCCAUGUCCCAGCGACCAACCUCCUAGCUGAUAUUUGCUCUGCCGCCGGCCAGCGAGCCUUCGUAGGUCGUGUUUGUAUGGACCACAAAGAUAUCAAUCCUGAUUUCUAUUGUGACGAAAGUGCCGACGAAAGUAUUGCGAACACGUGUCUCUGCAUCGACCAUAUCAAAAAGAUUGAUCCAAACUACGAGCUCGUAUCGCCCAUUAUCACUCCUCGGUUCGCACCAAGUUGUACAGCCGAGGCUCUUGAGAAGCUAGGAAAGUUGGCAAAAGAGACCGGCCUCCCAUGUCAAACCCACAUCAGCGAGAAUCGGAACGAGGUCCAGCUUGUAAAGCAGCUGUUCCCUGAGCACGAUAGCUAUGCAGAAGUGUACGACGCUUUCGGAUUAUUAACGCCAAAAAUGAUAUUGGGCCAUGCAAUCUAUCUGAGCAAGAAAGAGAUGGAGUUGAUCAAGAGCCGGGACGCCAAAAUUUCACAUUGCCCAGUUAGCAAUAGCGCCUUGACAAGCGGUGGAGCAAAGGUCCGAUGGUUGAUGAAUGGUGGAGUCACCGUUGGCCUAGGGACCGAUGUGAGUGGAGGCUACAGCCCCAGUAUCCUAGAAGCUGUCAGAGCAACGACUCUAGUCAGCCGACAUGUCGCCCUAUCGGAUGGUGAUGAGUGCAAGCUCAGCGUCGAGGAGUCCCUCUACCUGGCUACUCGAGGAGGUGCCAAGGUCGUCGGCCUGGAGAACAAGAUUGGCGGAUUCGAGGUCGGCAUGGAAUGGGAUGCCCAGCUAAUCGGACUCGAGCUUGUGGAGACGACGGGAGACGAUUUCGCAGAAGAGGAAGUGGUAGAUAAGGUUGUAUUUGAGGGUCCGAAGAGCGCUGGUCCGGUUGAUGUCUUUGGCUGGGAAACCUGGGACGAUAAGGUAGCCAAGUGGGUCUAUAAUGGUGACGACAGGAACACGUUAGGGGUCUGGGUCAAGGGACGAAAGGUGUGGAGUCGGACAUAA